AAAGUCGUCCAAAUUGGAGAGAGUUGCUUUUCGGGGUGCAUCAAAUUGAGUAAAGUGGAACUCCCAGAAAGCUUAACUACAAUGGGAAAAACAUGUUUUACACAAUGCGACAAUUUGAUGGAAAUCGAAUUGCCAAAGAAACUUGUGAUCGUCACAAGUUUGUGUUUUCCAACUUAUACAAAGGUGUUCAGAAAAUAA